CCGUACAAACGUAAGUUUGUCCCGUCUGCCGACAAAUCGAUCUUCUUUGCCAUUGUAAAGUGUGCCAGUCGACGGAUGUAUUCGUUAUUGAUGAGCGAAUUCAUUAAACAGACGUCGACGACAAAAUAGCUUAUGUUGGUUGAAGAAUCUCCUUUAAUUUUGCAAGUCCGGGCCGAUCUGCAAUGCAGUACUAAUGAAUUAGCUUGUUCAAGUUACUUUGUGCAUUUUGCAUUGCUCGAAGGAUAAUCUAACGUUAACAUUAUAAUUUGCUUAUUAAAAUUAUUUUCGGCUACAAAGUGGAUGUUUAAUAAUGCACUGCAAGGUAGGCCGAUAAAUCCAAAUGUCAUUAAACGUUUUGUGCUACCAAAACUAGAAAAAAAUGUGUAUAACAUAAUGUACCCAAAACGAAGGCAGAUAGCGGCUUGCGGUUUUCAUCGCCGGGCAUUUAUGUUUUGCAUAAAUUUGUUCGUGCUUACUUUAUUUUUAGCACAGAUCUGUUAAUCUCAUUAUAAUUACAUACUUCUUUAUUCCAUUGUUCAGUCGCAUCAAAAAGGGUGUCCAGUCGCAUCUUUGCGUGCAAUGCUUUGCGUAUGGUCUAAUUGCAUCUUUCUGUUCCAGACAGUGCAAGAUGCAACAAACCGCGCACGGACACGUGUAUAGUAAUAUAGCUACGACAAAUUUGUUUUAGAUUUAAAUAGCAUUGCCGCUAUUGUUGUUACGAAAGAAAACCAUACAACACGUAAUUUGACAUGAACUAUCGUAAACGCAUACUUUAUAACAUGUGGCUUGUUGGCACUGUGCGUGUAUAACUGUGCCGAAUAACCAAUAAAGCGGCACACGACUCAGGAGUUGAUUGUUGUUACCUUCAAAAAAUGGGUUAUUUUGCCGCCGGAUCGUUUAAUUUGUCAGUUGCUUAUUUGUCGGGGCAAUUGAAUGCUACUUUUGACAUCGAAAAAUAUAUUCGGCAACACCUUGGUGAUCGCGUAAUUCCGUACGGCCAUCUGCUUACGGUAGUGUAUGGAAGUCUGUUUGUCUUUGGAUUAUUCGGAAAUUUUUCCACCAUCUGCCUACUCUUAAUAUGGAACAGAAGCAGAAACUGGAAUGGGAUCGAUCCUUAUGUGAUGAAUCUCGCCUUGACAGAUCUCGUGCAAACAUUAGUUAGUCUUCCAUUGGAAAUCUACAAAUACUGGAACCAGUAUCCGUGGGUAUUUGGACAGUUUAUUUGUUCCUCCAUAGCCUUGCUUGCAGAAGCUGCACUUUGUUCCUCUAUCCUCACCAUUAUUGCCUUCACGAUCGAAAGAUUUAUAGCUGUAGUACAUCCCAUGAAGGCGUAUCGGUCUUACCGAGGAGCUCGUCCUUGGAAGACAAUUUUAUUGUGCUGGCUAUUAGCCAUUGUCAAUUCUGUGCCCUUUGCCUAUUACCACAAUGUAAACGUUUUGCAAAGCCCUGACGGAAUCGACAUAGCGGAGGCUUCUUGGUGCGCGAUUCACUACAAUCUCAACGCCCAACUUGCUCCAUUGUUUUUAUACUCAGCAGUAACAUUUUACGCCGUUCCGAUGCUUUUGCUUAUCGUCCUGCAUUUAAAAAUCUGGAUUGUGGUCCAGAAGAGAGCCCUUGCCGCCAAAGAAGAGGAAGAAGCUUACACUUGUCCACCUUCUCCGCCCUUUACGGACCCGAACUUGACCUUUGGGACAAUUGAUCUGCAUCUGCAGGCCGCUUACUCUAAGCGACCCAGUCGACUGUCGGUUUGCUCCAGAACAUACGAGCAGCACUGCCAGAGCAACAAGCGCUUGUUUUACGGCUUACUUGCCAUCGUCAUAAAUUUCUUUCUGUGCUAUGGUCUGUUCCAUGCACAAAGGCUGAUGUUUGCCUUAGUGGACUGGAAUGAUCGUGAAGAAGCUCGCAAAAUGUACCAAAUCAACAGCAUACUGUUUCCGGUUUCCGGCUUCCUGUACCAUGCAAAUCCUGCCCUCGAUUCCAUAUUGUAUUCUCUAAUGAGCGAGAAAUUUCGACAAAUUUGUUCCAAAGUUUGCCGGUGCCCGGUUUACCUAAAAUGCCGCAGUCGCAGUAAUUCCGCACCUGUUGACGACUUGAACUGCAACAAGGCUGUGACUGCUGAAUUAUAACCAAUUAAACGAAAAGUAUUUGCACAUAAAUUUUUAAACUAGAGUGGUAGUAACAACCGCUGUUGUUUGCGGUAGAUCACCUUACGCUUAUUGUAUCAUAUCUUGUUGCUCUGUUAAAUUGGUAAAUGUACUCACCAGAAGGAACCAGAAGUUAGAAGCGUUAAUGCUUUAGUGUUACAACGUCGCUGCGGACGCUGGAAACGGGAAUACGGACUUUGUGCG